UUUUGCUAAAUAUUAUGGCUGUUAUUGGUAACACUGAAAACAAUUUCUUCUUACAGAUUAAGUAAUAUAAUGGUUCAUUUUUCUACUUGCGAGGCAGACAAACUUCUCGAGGUUUAGAAUAGACUGAGCUGAUUUUUCGUCUACUCUACGUUUAACAGUCACCGGUGUUUUAGGUGGAACAACGAGGGCUAAAAAUGGAUAAAAUCGUCUCUUUAUCAGAUGAAGACAGUACCACCGAACUUCAGAAGUACUUAUCCUCCCUGACAAAUGACAAACUUAUUACAGUAAUAACCAACAGCGCACUAAAGGGCAAGGUCGGGGCCGUGAUUAAAGGCAUAUUAAAAGGAUCCCCAACUAAUUCCACUGAAGGAUCAAAUCGUAGACUAUUUGUGUAUCAACAUUGCAUCCCUCUAUGUGAGUCAGGGGACCUUCAGACAGAGGUGGCAGCUGAUAUCAUCGGACUGCUGAUGUUGGAGACUCAUGCUCUGUCUGGACCAUCUCUUGCACAAUUGGCAGCUCUGUUUGUUGACGCUAUUAAAGUGGGGAAAAUGGGCAGUGGGAAAUCCCUGGAGCUGUUUCCUACUAUUCUUACUGCCCUUGCUGCUUGUGAAACCUUGUCAUAUGGCAAAGGGGAACUCAGUGGGGAGGAAUACAAGAAACAGCUGAUUAACAGCCUUUGCUCAAGCAGAUGGGACCCACAGUGUGUUAUACAUUUGACAACCAUGUUCAGGGAUGUCCCCAUGUCAUCAGAGGAGCUGCAGUUUCUGGUGGAGAAAGUACUAAGGAUGUUCACCAAAAUGGAUCUGCAGGAGAUCCCUCCAUUGGUUUACCAGCUGCUGCUUUUAUCUGCUAAGGGUUGCAAGAAACAGGUCCUGGAUGGAAUCACCAGCUACUUUAAGGAUCAAGAUAUUCGCCAAGAGGAAGAGCAGAAACAUGGAGAGAGCUUGGAUCUUGAAGUCCAGUCUAUUCCACAGGACCAGCUAAGACACGUGGAAGGCACUGUUAUCCUCCAUAUAGUCUUCGCCAUACGACUGGACCAUGAGCUCGGGAGAGAAUUCCUUAAAAGCUUUAAGACAUCCUAUGGAGAUUUAUGUCCUUUCAGUGUUGCCCUUUUGCUCUCAGUAGCUCGUAUCCAGCGUUAUGAAGAGCAGGUGUUUGAUCUUUUGAAAGGAGGAGUUAUCAAGAGCUUCAAGGAUGAGCAGCUGCAACAAGGGUCAAAGUUCCUGCAGGGCCUGCUGCUGGGAAACUGUAGCGUGGCUCAGAUGAUACUCGAUACAGUGAAGAACAGUGUGUUUGGAUGGGAUCAUGUCACUCAGGGAUUAGUGCAGCUGGGCUUCUUCCUCAUGGACACAUUUGGACCCAAACCUGGACCUUUUGGCAAGAGCACAGACGGUCCACUUGGUGUAGCCCGGACCCCUACUCAGCAGGCAUGUAAGCUGGGAAGACAGGUUCUCCUGCAGGGCUUUAAGAUGCAUGAGCCUAUCAGAGGAGAGAUACUGGAGCAGGUCUUAAAUCGACUGGUCACAAAGACAGCCUCCCCUGUCAGUCAUUACUUAGAGCUUUUUUCAGACAUUGCGGUCUCUGCACCAAUGAUUCUCCUGGAGUCAUCCUCCAAGGUUAUCGAGACAUUCGACAAUUUGUCGUACCUGCCAUUGACCACUGUUCAAGGUCUGCUAAAAGCUGUUCAGCCUCUUCUCAAAGUCAGCAUGUCCUUGAAAGAUGCUUUAAUUCUGGUUCUUCGCAAGGCCAUGUUUUCCAGCCAACUGGAUGGCAGGAAGUCUGCAGUGACUGGCUUCUUGUUGUUGCUGAAAAAUUUCAAAGUGUUGGGCAGCUUGGCUUCAAGUCAGUGUAGUCAGGCAGUUUCCUCCAGCCAGGUCCAAGUGGAUGUUCAUUCUCGCUACAACUCCGCUGCUAACGAAGCAUUUUGCUUGGAGAUCCUCAGUAGCCUGCGUCGCUGCCUUGGCCAGCAGGCCGAUGUGCGCCUGAUGCUCUAUGAGGGUUUCUAUGAUGUUCUCCGUCGCAACUCUCAGCUUGCUAGCUCCAUCAUGCAGACCCUCCUGCUACAACUAAGGCGGUACUACGAGCCUGAACAAGAUCUCCUGCCCCCUGUGAAACUAGAGCCAUGCAUCACUGCUCAUGGAGACCAGGUCUACCUCCAGGAGCCUCUGGCUCAUCUGGUGAGCUGUACUGUACACUGCCUGCUGUGGCUGCAGAACAUGCGGCAGUCUGCACACCCCAAUGCUGGUGACAGUGAUGAUGAUGAGGAAGAGGAGGAGGGAUAUCAGUCUGACCUGCAGACACUCCUAGAGAGCACAACACGACGCAUGAUCAAGUGUGAACUGGAGGAUUUUGAACUGGACAAGUCAGCAGAGUUUUCAAUGGGAUCCAGCGUUGGAGUGAAGAAUAACAUCUAUGCUGUGCUGGUGAUGGGCGUUUAUGAGGUCCUAAUGGAGUAUAACUUCAUCAAAGCCAACUACAAUAAAAGCCACUUUGAGGAGAUUAUUGAGUUAUUUAGCCGCUACCACAAGCUGUCUGAAAUCUUGAAGGAGAAAUCUGGAAAAGGUCGACUGCCCUCACACAAGACCCCCCGCAGUUUGCUUUCUAUGGGCUUCAUAUCGACUCUCAUCACUGUGCUCUUCAGAGACAAUAGUCAAAGCAGAGAGGAGGCUCUCUCAGUGCUCCGCUCAAAUGGAGAGUUUGUGCGUUACGCACUAAGUGUAGUUGUACAGAAGAUACAGCAGCUGGAGGAAACUGGACAUACAGACGGUCCAGAUGGACAGAACCCAGACAGGACCUUCCGCUUCCUCUGUGACAUGACAAGUGUGCUGAUGUGGCGUUACACCAACAUCCCCAGUGUGGUGGAAGAGGCAGGGAAGAAAGAGAAGCGCUCCAGCUUGGCCCAGCUGUGUUUGGAGGGUCUGCUGAGAAUCUUCACAACCAGCCAGCAGCGCUACCCGGACAAGAUGGCCCAACUCUUCUCUGCUAUGGACAUUGCACAAGAUGAUCCAGAGCAAGAUGAUGCCACAGAGAUGAACUACUUUUACAUCCGACAGUUUCAGAGGGCGCUGUUUACCCAGCUAAGUGGAGGCGAGGAGGACUUCAACAGCAAAGAAGCUCAGCUGUUGGUCAGCAUUUUAAGUGUCCUUUCACGCCAACUAAAUCCCUCCUCCAAACAGUUUGUUCAGAUGACCACUUGGACUGUAAAAAUCUGCAAAGAGACUAGUUUUGAGGAUUCUGCAUUCUGUAAGGGGCUGCUCUCUCUCCUCUUCAACCUGCACGUCCUCUACAAGAGUCCUGUAAGCCUUUUACUGGAGUUGUCCCAAGACAUUCACAGCAAACUGGGAGAUAUUGAUCAGGAAGUGGAGGUGGAAAACCAGUCCCAUUUUGCCAUCGUCAACAUGAAAACUGCAACAGCAGCAGCACUGCUUGUUUUGUCUCAAGUUGACAGAGUGCUUGAUGAAGUGGAUUGGCUUAUUGCCACAAAGAAAAAUCAGACAGUUUCUGAUAAAUUUGGCACAGGUGAGGCCACCCAGGCUGCAGACCAACAGGAUGCAGUUGAGAAAGCUGUGACGCUACAGCUGGGAACUCUCUUGACAGCAUUAAAUGAGCUGGUCCAGACGGCCCACCUGCCAGGAACCUGCACCCUUUCACUACUAAGAGAGCUGAGUCGUACUUACACCACCCUCACCACCUUGGUCAAAUAUUACAUCCAGAGGUGUGCCAGUCGGCCCGGUGCGCUACCCGCUCGCUUUGAGAAGCUGAUCAAACUAUCUGGUUCCCACCUUACACCACAGUGCUACAUCUUCAUCACAUUCGCACAGAGCGGAGACAUGAGUGGAGGUGCAGAUGACAAGAAGAAGAAAAGAAGGAAUGAAGUGAACAUCGCUGCCUCUGCAAAGCUUCUGCGUGAGACAAAGGCCAUUCCUAACUUGAUCUUCAGCAUUGAACAGUAUGAGAAGUAUCUAAUCGCACUCUCAAAGAAAUCAAAGGUAAAUCUGAUGCAGUACAUGAAGCUGAGCACCUCAAGAGAUUUCCGCAUCAAUGCAGCUACUCUGGAUGCAGCUCUCCAGGAACAGGACUGCAGCCAGGAGGAGACCACAGAGUCGCAGGACACAGAGGAGACACAGGAACCCAAAAAGAAAAAGAGAAAAAAGUGAACUGAAUAAGGUUCCUCCAUUUGACACAUCCUAAUUCCUUCCAUCUUUAAGUUGACCGGAUGAACAGUGUCCCAGCAGUUGUGUGUUUGAAUAGCAGUCUGGUCCAUAAACGGCUAUCUUCCUUUGUUCAAAGAGCCUUUAGUUAUGUUGAUGAUUUGGUAAAUGUCCAAGGCUUCUCCUGUGGGAAGUUGGCACACAUUAACUAAAAUUAUUUAGUUGUUUUAAUUCACUUUAUUCAAAAGAAAAGUUGUAUUAAUCACAAAAUGCAUUUCUGAAUACAACACAAGCAGUUCUACUUUAGAUUAAAAUAAAAGAUUUAUCAACUAAUUUGAUGUCCUGACUCUGUUUCAUCAGGAAUCACAAUGAAGAAGCUCUUUUCUUUCUUUGUCUGAAACUGUUCACAGUUUAAUUGUAAAGACCAGUUGUUCUUGUAUGAGACAGUGAUUUAGAUGGCUGAAUUAAACAGGAGAAUGUGUAUGUUUG